CUCUUUGUACUUGCAGAAAGAGUCCGUCUCAUCUUAAAAUUGAGUCAUAAUAACCGCAGCACAUCCAGUCUAAGAUAUAAAUAGUAGGCAGGACUGAUCUGUACCUCAAUAAAUAUUAUCUUCUCUCUAUCUCCUUUGCUGCUUUUUUAAUUCUCACAUAUUAUUCCCAUGGUGACUACAACUACUACUUCUGGUUUGACAGACUUUUGCAAGCAACUACCUAAAGUCGAGCUGCAUGCUCACUUGAAUGGCAGUUUAAGUCCUGCAACAAUGAAGCAAUUAGUACAACUUAAAAAGGAUACUAAUCCUGAAUUAAGCGAGUUUCAGAUUCCUGAAUCACUAGAUUCUAUAGACGACUUUUUUGUAUUAUUCAAGUUCAUAUACCAGCUGACAGAUAAUGAGGAAGCCGUAAAGUUGGCUACAAGAAAUAUCAUUAAUGAAUUUGCUCAAGACGGUGUUCGUUACUUGGAAUUAAGAACAACGCCCAGACAAAAUGCUGAAACAAACAUGACCAAGACGUCUUAUAUUGAGGCUGUCAGUAGUGUCUUACAGGAGCCCAGAGAUGAUAUCAUCGUUAGACUCAUCGUUUCUAUUGACCGUCGAAACACUUUGGAGGAAGCAAACGAAGCAGUUGAUCUUGCCUUAGCUUUUCGAUCCAAGGGUGUCGUCGGCGUGGAUUUGUGUGGUGAUGUGAAGAAGGGAUCCUUUAAUGCUCUGAAGCCUGCAUUUGACAGGGCCAAGGAACAUGGUUUCCCGGUGACAUUACACUUUAAUGAAGUAGUAGAGAACUUGUCUGAAGCCCCAUCUAUGCUGGCAUUUAAGCCCAACCGUUUGGGACAUGCCACAAUCCUCGAUGAUUUUUGUAGAAAGACUGUCUAUGAGAGUCACGUUCCUGUCGAAAUCUGUAUGACUUCAAAUCUGCUUUGCAAGACAGUCAAGACAUUUCAAGAUCACCAUAUAAAGGAAUUAAUGGAUGAUCGUCAUCCCUUUAUCUUGUGUACGGAUGAUAAGGGUGUCUUCUUUUCUGAUCUUUCAAAUGAAUAUAGAAUAGCUGCAGAAACAUUCAACCUGACCUAUUCUGAAUUAUUCAAUCUCUCUUAUCGCUCCAUAGAUGCUAUAUUUGGCGAUGAACACUUAAAGAGCCAAUUGAAGAAUAUGUGGCUAGCCUGGAAAAAGGACCAUGAGUCCGAAUUUUAAUUGAAUUUUUGCUCUAAAGGCCGAAUGUAAUGUUUGGGAAAUUCGACAGUUAAUAAAUAAAUAUGAUGUGUGUCUAAUUCAAUCUUUCCUGUCUUUAAAUCAAAGCGAACAGGUACAUGAUGAGCUCGACGGUCCAAGUAGACAUGAUAUCCUCUUUCUGAUAAUACAUCCAUCACUAUGGCAGCAAGGUGAUCAUCUCCUAGCAUUGGAUUUUCCCUAAAUAUAUAUAUGUAUAUGGGUAUGAGUGUUUAUAGUUUAUACAUGUAUACUUACGUUCGGACAUUUGCAUGGCCACUGAUCGCAUGUCUAUGAACUUGAGGAAUAACCUGUUCAUCAAUAAAUUGAAUAGCCUUUUGUAAAUUGUACGGUUCUGUUUGUUGAUAGUGUUCUAAUCUACUGAUAAGGUCCUGCAGAUAAAGUCAAUAGGAGAAAGAUAUAUAUAAUGAUCACGCCUUACCUGACGUGCAUGAACACCGAUUUGGGAUGCUAAUGGAA